UUCAAAUGUACAGUCUAAUGUAGCCAUAUAUAUCAUACUCUGUGACCACAGCCUAUGAGAAAGCAAUACAUUCUGCUAUCUCUAACUGUAUUGGCUAGUUGUUUCGUGAUGUCAAUAAAACUUUUCCCAUUCCAAACUGGGGGCCUGAUGCUGCCCUUCUCCGUGAUGUUGCAGUGCUGAUGGGAAUUUGAAUGCAAAUCAAUGGCUUCCAGGAAAGCUGGCCAUCAGUAUUGUAUAUAAAGUAUGCCAUGUGUAGUAAGUGUGUAAAAACACUUGUGCUGUAUUUAGUAUAUAUUUAAUUGUUGGUGUAUUCCCUGACAGGAGACUGAGGAAGAUGAACUGGGGCUUUUUGGAAAACAUCCUCAGUGGGGUGAAUAAAUACUCUACUGUGAUCGGGCGCAUCUGGCUCUCCGUGGUCUUUCUCUUCAGGAUCUUGGUGUACGUAGCGGCGGCCGAGCAGGUGUGGAAGGAUGAGCAGAAGGACUUUGUGUGCAACACCCAGCAGCCGGGCUGCGAGAACGCCUGCUUCGACCACUUCUUCCCCAUCUCGCAGGUGCGCCUGUGGGCUCUGCAGCUCAUCGUGGUGUCCACCCCGUCCCUGCUGGUGGCCCUGCACGUGGCAUACAGGGAGCACCGGGAGGCCAAGCACAAGCGUAAACUGUACCAGGACAAAGGGAGCAUCGACGGAGGUCUGUUCUGCACCUACGUCGUCAGCCUGGUGUUCAAGACGGCCUUUGAGGUGGGCUCCCUGCUUGCUUUCUACUUCCUGUACAACGGCUUUGAGAUGCCCACACUGCUCCGCUGUAGCCAGAGUCCCUGUCCCAACACUGUGGACUGUUACAUUGCCAAAGCAACAGAGAAGAAGAUCUUCCUCUACAUCAUGGGCUGCACCUCCAUUCUGUGUAUCGCUCUGAAUUUUGUGGAGCUCAUGUACAUUGUGUGGAAGCAGUUGUGGAAAUGUUUCAUCAGGCGAUACGCCCCUGUGGAAGAGAAACCUUACAGCAACUGCCCGCCACCUGUUUCCAUUGUCAACAAGUUUACCUCGUCUGAAGCUACAGUAAACACAGGAAAUGGCGGCACGCAGCCCGCAUCCACAGCUGAAAACCUGCCAGUCCAGUCCUAGACGACUGACUCAUGUUACCAGCUCAGAAUGAAACCACAGUCAAACCAGUCAAACCACAGUGAAUACUGUGCUAUGAAAAAGAUUGAAAUGUCCAAUUGGGCCUAAAUUGAGAAAAGCUAUGGCGACAUGUCAUAUAAUUUAUUAGUAUGAACAGACUCUAAUUAUUAAUGAAACAUACAGUAUGUCAUUAUUUUGAUUUGUCACUCACAUUCAGCACCCCUCCCCUCCCCAUUACGAUCAUUCACUUAUCAGGAGGAGCACUGUUGCUUGUGAUACAUUUGUAUGUCUUGUGGCUCUGGAGGAGAGUUGUCAACUCUAAUGAUGUCACAGUGAUGUUUCAUCAGGUUAAUCUCAGGUUGGGCUUGAAGAUUGCAAAUUUUCUACAAAGGCUAAAUUUUUUGUGCAUUUGAAUGGAAGCCCCUUUUCUGCCAAUGUGAUGGAAAAAAACUGGAA